AACGACACUCGGCGCGGUGCAUCACGUUGACCCGCCGUUCAGUAUGCUAUUCGACGACACUGGCAAUGGCGGCUUGCGUUUAGUACGCGCGGCAAAUUUCAAAUUCAAGUCACUUUAUACUUAAUUCCUUUGACUAAGCACCGAAAAUUAAAUUAUUACAACAACAACGGCAAAAACAAUUUAAGCAACAAUAGGAUGUUGAAAAUCGAAUGAUUGGUACUCGGCAGCGCGCAACAUUAAACGCGGUAAAGACGACGACAAUCGGUCGUCUAAGGCGGCACACGACCGCGACAUACAAAAAGCCGACAACGUGAACGACGGCGCAAACGAAGACGGAAAGACGCAAACGAUUAUCAUUGACGGCAUACAUAUAUACCGUUAUAUAUAUUAUACAUAGAUAUAUAUGUAUCAAAUGUCGUAUAUACUUGUGUUGCAAGUUAGCUUAAGCAGUGUGUAUGGUCGCCGUUAGUCUCAGAAGAUUUGCCGAAAGCUGUAAUACGAGCUUAAACGGUAUCCGGUCGCGUUUAGUAGCGAGUGGCGUACACUCGAUCCGGGUGGUGACGACGGUGACGACGACGACAACAAACGACUAAGACGCGCAUGGCGUUGGUACAGCGCGUGAAUUAGUAAACGUUUGCGGGCAGUGCGAGCAUUUCGUUUGCGGUGGCUGGAUUAUACCGUCGACUAGUGCGCGAGUGUCGUACAACGCAAAUAAACAUUUUUUCUCAGUACCAGUGAUAAAGUAGCAAUCCAUAAAAACAAAAAUAAACGAAAAAUCAAAAAACCAAAAAUUAUGUCAGCAUAUUAGCGAAGAUACUUCUUAUCAAUUCUUCAAAAUCACUAAUCACUUUUUUGUGCUCCGUUAAUGCGAAGAAAUUUAUGUGAAAUCGCGCGUAAGAGUUGAAAUUGUGUGUGAAAACAAAAAAACGUAUUUUAGAAUUCCAUAGCUGACAAAAAAAAAAACGCUGAGUACAGGUGCACUCAAGUCUUCACUCAGUGUCGGCAUCUCAGCUAAUAAGCGCAGAAUUAACGCUUCGCCGCUGUCAAGGAGUACAAGUUUUAGCAGCAAACAUGGAAGAUCAUUGGGGCCUCAGCAGCACAACUGAUAUAAAUUGUACACAACCCGCCAUCGACGACUUCCCAAAGGAUCUAUUCACCGAGGCGCAAAGACAAUCGGGUGCUGUUGUACUUCAUGUGAUAGCCAGUUUAUAUUUAUUUCUAGCAUUAGCGGUAGUUUGUGAUGAGUACUUUGUGCCUGCGGUCGAAAAGAUAUGCGCAGCGUUAAAUAUGUCAAAUGAUGUGGCUGGCGCCACUUUCAUGGCUGCGGCCACCUCAGCGCCCGAACUCUUCGUCAAUGUGAUAGGUACAUUCAUCACAGAGGGUGACAUUGGCGUGGGCACCAUUGUCGGUUCGGCGGUAUUUAAUAUUUUAGCGGUUGCCGCGUGCUGUGGGAUUGGCGCGGGCAUGACCAUCCCACUCGAUUGGUGGCCCUUGACUCGCGAUAGUAUAGCUUAUGGCGUCACCGUCGCCAUAUUGAUUUGCGUUAUGCACGACGAACGCGUCGAGUGGUAUGAGGCGCUGAUAUUAGUCUCACUCUAUGCCGUUUACUUGGCAGUGAUGUAUUUUGAUAAAUCAUUUCAGAAGUGUGCAAAAGGUGGCGUUAAGCAGGCUCGCUCACGCAGUCGCUCCUCCAAUUGCAGCAUACAAACGAAAAACAGCAAUGAGAAGGAACCAGAUCUUGUGGAAAAUCGCAUCUGUCACAAACUCUCCACAGUACAGUUAAAUGGUGGCGUUAACAAUGAACCGCCAAAGUUGCAGCCAACGGCAUCACCGCCUCCCACACAAGCUACCGCCACAAAUUCCAACACGAAUUCUAACUCAAAUACCACAACAACCACAGCGACGGCCGCUAUACUGCAACCACAAGCCGAUGCCAAAUUCAUAACCAGCAGCCUUGCCAACAUAGAGAAAGGUGCCGUGGAAUUGCAACCAACUGCCGCGGCUGGCGCCAUCGCAAUAGCCGUACCUGCCACAGUCGCAGCGGCCGCAUCUACUGCGAGCGACGAAGAGGUGGAGGAGGAACACUAUUCAUUGCUGCAUUAUCCGAAAGAGAAAAGCUGUUUCGCUCAGUUUACUUGGAUCAUUAUUUGGCCCAUACAUUUGCUCUUUCGCAUAGCGAUACCGGAUUGUAAGAAGACAAAAAAUAAUAAAAUAUUCCCACUGACUUUUAUUAUGUGCAUCGUGUGGAUUGGUUCGUUGUCGUAUGUGGUCGCUUGGAUGAUUACGAUUAUUGGUGACACGCUGAAAAUACCGGAUUCUGUGAUGGGUAUAACAUUUCUGGCAGCGGGCACAAGUGUGCCGGAAGCGGUCUCCAGUGUUAUUGUGGCUAAGAGAGGUCACGGUUCAAUGGGUAUCUGUAAUUCGAUCGGUUCGAAUACAUUCGAUAUACUACUAUGUUUGGGUGUACCAUGGCUCAUCAAAGCGGUCUUCUUUCCCAUACAGCAAGGACAGAAUUAUGUCGGCAUUAAUUCGGCCGGUCUCGAGUAUUCCGCUAUAACGUUACUCUCCACACUAUUUCUGCUCUACAUCACAUUCUCAUUCAACAAAUUCAAAUUGGAUCGAAAAGUGGGCAUGGCCUGUUUGGUUAUGUAUUUGGUAUUCAUGAUAUUCGCAUCGCUGAUAGAAUUGAAUGUAUUCUUUCGGGUCAAUUUACCAACAUGUGGACGUUCGUGAAGCGUGGCGAAGGGUUGAGUGCAAAGGAGUGGAGUGCGGAAGUGAGAAAGAAGAAAAAGCCGCGGCGUGUGCGCACGUUUUAUAUACGUACAAAUUUUAAUAUGCAAAAGAAAAUAAGCGAGAAAAAGAAUAAAUGUUGCGACACUGUGAGAAAAAGGUGUUGACUAAACUACAACAACAACAAUAAUAAUAAAACAGCGACAAAAAUACUUGGGCAGUUUCGCGUAAUGAGUUGACUGGUAUAACUCUGCUACUUGCAAAAUAUGUUUCUUCUUUUUAUUGUUGUACAAGGGUAUUAUAAGUUUAAGUUGUAUUUAGUUUUCUUUUCCUUUUUCGUUUUGUUUAAUAAAUAUUUUAUUUUGUGCUCUGCUUCGGCGCAUUGGUUUGUGCGAAAAAUGUAUUCAAUAAUUUAAUGUAAAUAAAAUCAAGAGAGUCCUUUUCAUAUAAUCGCUUUCUCUAUUUAAAUAAAUAACACAUUGGCGUUCACAUAUAAAAGGGAAACGAGAAAAACUUGCAAACAUUUAUAGAUUUAUAUAUAACAUAAUAUACAAACAAAAAAAUCCUAAUGCUUAAUUAUGUAAAAAUAAGCUGUGUAUUUCAUAAGUUUUAUGCAUAAUAUUUUAAACGCACUAGAAGAACGGGAAAGUGGCAUAUGUAGAUGCAUAUAGAUGUAUUUGAAAAAAAUAAAUAAAUAAAAUGAAAUGUUAUUUAUUUCUUAUUUUAUUUUUUUUUUUUAAUUCUAAAUUAAAAA